AGUGACGAUGUCGUUGUUGAGUCGUUCGUGAAAUUUCGGACAAUGGUGGACGAGCUGUUGCUUCGUAUCCGCGUUCGUCCUCGCGCGGACGAUAAUGUUCUGAGUAAAAGUGCUUCGAUGGAUGAGUCUCAAAGCAACAGUAAUGGUGAAGCGGACUGUACACCGGGCCCGGAUGCGUGGAAAGCUUGGGCUGGAGAACAAACACCGGUUGAGACCCACUUCAUGAUCAUGCCUACUCGCGUGGACAACGCAAUAAAGAAACUACGCGAGAAUAUCGCGGAUUAUUUGAAGGUGGCGAAGGACAGGUUCCAGGUCUUGUAUCGUGGUCAAACGCUGGAUGACGAAGACACCGUGGAUGGGGUUGGACUGGAGAACAACUCCACCGUUCACGUGAUGCACGUUUCUGGAGCGCAACCGACAGAUUUCAAAACGCCGGCUCCGCCAGUGGACAAUGAACGCAUAUCGCGACUCGUGUUGGCUUUGCAAGUGGCUUUGGUGUAUCCGAGGUUCAACCGUUGUUCAUGGGCACAAAUUCUGCGCGGAGACAAGGUGGACAAUAUCGUUGCUGCGACUCCGGGACUUGCUGAGGAUCGUACUGCUAUUGCCUUAAUGAGCGAUCCGUUGCUUCUUUUUGCUGCGUCUGGACUUGAAGCUUGCAAGGUUUUGUGGAAAAAGCACCACUGUUUGAUCGAAGCACUGGAGCUGCUUUGCGGAUCGAUGCAUGGUGAUCCUCAUAACAGUGUGCUUGGCGCAGCUGGGAGUCGGGACGAGAGCGGUCUCGACCUUGACUCUUUGGACGAUGACGAGGAUUUCCAAAGUGCACUUAUGGAAGACGAAGAUGAGGACGAGGAAGAAGAAGACGCUGAGGAUGGCAGUGGAGCAGCGACGGCUUCUGCCACUGCUGCUGGAGCCAGUGGAGGAGAUGGUCGUGCUGCUGCAGGGGAAGACGAUUCAGCUUUGCCAAGUAGCAGUAGUGGUGGUGGGGGUUCGUCGGCGGGAGCUGGGACUGGUGCAAGACCCAGGUCAUCCCGCGGGAGACCGUCUCCUCAGCAACAGCAACAACAACAAAGAGGUCAGAGAAGACGGAGACCUCGGAGUCAGAGCGACAGUCGAAGCAGCGGAUCGAGUUCGUCGAGGCAACAGCGGACACAGGCGCCGACGUCGUCAUCCACGUCCUCGUCAUCGUCUUCUUUGAGUCGUCAGUUUGUGACGUCGGCGCAGCUGGCGGCGGCACUGCGACGCAUCGCAUCGGAAGGGUCGCCCUCGCCGCAGCAUCGUCGCGUCCCAUUGCCCACGCAGCCCCUGGUGACGCGAGAAAUGUUCCGUGCCGCCAUUGACCAGGCUACGGCGAACCAAGGUGGUGCUUCUGCGGCGGCGGCGCCGACGACAUCGCCCUCACCUUCGCCAGCAGAGCCGCCACCACCACCGCCGCCGGCAGAACCUGCCGCUCCGCGAGUGACAGCUGAGCGCGAAGGACAAAUUCGGACCCUGGAGGAAUUGGGGUUCUUCAACGCUGCCGAGAACCUGCAGGCGCUCGAAGCCACCCAUGGAGAUAUUGCUGCUGCCGUUGAACUGAUUUUGAGCAUGCGGGAAAAUUGA